UUGCCAUCGAAGUCGACAGUGGACAGUAGAGUCAACAUAAUCGAAAAAUAUAUCAAACAAAUACGUAAAGGAAGUAAAUUAAAAUGAAUUUCAUUAGUGGAUUCCUGCUACCGAUUGCCUGCCUGGUUGCCUGUGCCUGGGCAACUCCUCAUCCCACUUGGGGGGAAUCCAAAUUGAUGCAGGCGAUGCGAAGCACCAGCGACCUACAGCAGAGUAAUCCUUCGCGUUCCCUGGAAUGCUUUCAAUACUAUAGCGAUGUCUUCGAUCAGCUGUUAAAGCAGUAUCAGCUGGACUAUGCAAAUUGCCAAAAUACAUCGAAGCUGCAGAUUGCUGAGGUGGACGAUAAAUACAAACAGGUGUUGAGCUCCCUGAAUGACACUGCAGUCUCCAGCUGCCAGAAAUUAAUUGAUUGUAGCUAUCAAGCCGACAGCUUGCAAGGAUUGUCCUGCUACUCAGAUGUGGCCAGUGGAAAUGUCAGAGCCAUGUAUAAUAUUUCAAGCACGGCCAGCGAUUAUUAUGGCGACUUGCAGCAGGACAUUCAAUUGAUUCAGUUCAGAGAGAAUCAGUGCAUCAAUAACUCACAGCGCAGCUAUGAACUCAACACGGAUCAGGCGUACAUUAAUCUACAGAAUUGCUUAAUUGGUCUAGAACCCGUGCCCACAAAGACUCCUUUGACAACGACAUCUGCCGCAUCAAUUGGAACUUCUUCGGAAACUGCCACAGAUUCAACACAAAGUCCAACUGAAACUUUCUCAGAAACAUCAACACAAAGUACCACUGAAGUUUCCACAGAAACAUCAAGUGCACCGACUUCUGUUUCAACUGGACGUACUCGACGUACUCGUAGUCCUAGGACCUCAACCACAACCAGUUAUUCCACCACCAACUCGGGAGUAUCCGGUUCCCAGAAUAAUCUGAGUAACGAGCUGAAGAAAUGGCUCAAUUCGCUAAGACACUAGACUACAUGGUUUAUGAGAUUUGAAUCAACAAACAUUAGACAACUUUUCUAAUUUACUUGGGGUAAAUAAAUGGACAAACUACAUAAUGGAAUGCAAGAAAAGGUUGCUUAUGGCAAUCCAAACAUAAUGUUUAGAAAAUAUUGACGGAGGCCACAUCAAGUGACAACUUAAAUAGAAAAACUUAAUUAAACCAAUUGCAAGUCAA